UACUUGUAUUUCCUCCUUUCUCCCGCCCACAUCCGAUCAAAAUCAUCCCAUAAUGCAAAAGACUGCCACCUAACUAUAACCACCUUCGACCAUUUUGCCGCGAUAUCCGGCCUUAUGGUACCUCUGCUUCCCUAUCCUCAUACCCUCCGUCGAUUGGUGAUCCGGAGCCGCAUUCCUCGAAUCCUCUUUAUCAUCUUUAUUGCGUACAAUUUCAUCCAGUUGCGCCUUAUCCUAUUCCAAAUAUCCGACAACGAUAUAACUUACCACGACGAACCCCGCCGACAAGAACGUAUCUUCAUCGCGAGUGUGAACUGGAAUAAUGAGCUUAUACUCAGAACCCAUUGGAGCAAGGCUCUAGUAGAGCUUGCAUGGAAACUCGGACCCGAAAAUAUCUAUAUCUCAAUAUAUGAAAGCGGCAGCUAUGAUAAUACUAAAGGUGCCCUGAUGGAUCUUGAUAUAGAAUUAGAGCGUCUACAGGUUCCUCGUACUAUUAUUCUGUCACAUGUCACUCAUGAAGAUGAAAUGGCAGCCACUCCGGGGGAGGGUUGGGUCGAGACGAGGAGAGGGUACACUGAGCUGAGGCGCAUUCCAUAUUUAUCGCGCAUUCGCAAUUUGAGCUUGCAGCCUUUGGAAGAAUUGGCAAAGCAAGGUAUAACAUUUGAUAAGAUUCUUUUUUUGAAUGACGUGGUCUUCACGCCAAAUGAUGUAUUCGAGUUGCUAGAUACCAAUCAUGGUAGUUAUGCGGCUGCUUGUUCUUUAGACUUCUCUAAAGCACCACAUUAUUACGACACAUUUGCUCUUCGAGACUCCGACGGCCAUGAGACUAUCAUGCCGACAUGGCCCUUCUUCCGCAGCGAGGAAUCUCGAAAUGCAAUGAAAACAUUGUCACCUGUGCCGGUCAAAAGCUGCUGGAACGGAAUGGUCGCAAUGCCUGCCGCUCCGUUUACAGCUAACCCACCUCUACGAUUUCGGGGUAUACCCGAUUCACUUGCUUCAGUGCAUCUCGAAGGUUCGGAAUGCUGCCUCAUUCAUGCAGAUAAUCCGCUAUCUGAACAAGACGGCGUAUAUCUCAAUCCUUUGGUCCGCGUAGGAUACAAUGGCCCUGCUUAUGUGGCUGUCAAUCCCGUUAGCAACUGGCUCUCACUAUGGGCUAUCUUAUCGGGCCUAUGGACAAAUAGACUCUUGCGUUGGACAACUACUACUUGGGUGAAGGACCUCCUUGUCCAAACUCGGAUAAAGCGCUGGACUACGUUGAGCGAUGAGAAUCUCGAGGAAGGCCAGUUUUGUAUUAUUAACGAAAUGCAAGUCCUGCAUCCUUGGGGAUGGGAUCAUGUAUAA